GCGUUAUCUCCGUGCGCCGAGCGGUUUGAAGCAGCAGCCGUGUUGAACCUCAACAAAACCGGUAAUGAUACAAUAACAUUAUAUUCAUAAUAUAUUGUACUGUUUUCCUUCAACCACGUUUUACCGUUCGUGUCUUCGAGUGGAAGGGUGUGCGUGUCACCCCGAUACAUUUCUCGUUCGCUGCUGCAGGGCGGAAGCACGCGCGCUAAACCUCUGCGCGUGCCGUGUAACGAGCGGCACGCAUUACGGUCCCGCGUAAACGGUUCGAUCGGUACAUCGGCCCGCACGUGCGCGACGGGGGCCGUACUCGUCUACGAACGAUUCCGUUGGCUGCUGCGGUCCACCGCUGAUCAUGACUUUCCGCACCAAGGGACACAAAAAACAGCAGCAACAACUACUGCAACUACAACAGCAAGAACAAGAACAAGAACAAGAACAAGAACAACAGCAGUACCAGCAGCAACAUCAACACGACCGCAAACUCCACGGCAGCAACAACGACCAUCGGAACCGAUACGACAAGACCGAGGACCAGCACCAGCAGCAGCAGCUCGCUACGCCGCCGCUGCUCGGCGCUGGUGGCGGUAGACCUGCAGCAGUCGCGAUCGCCAACGCCCCGACCACAGUCGCCCACGCGAACGCCGGCGGCACGCCUUGCAUCUGCACCGCUUACGGUCCCCGGUGUUAUGUCAUACAGAAGGUACUCACUACUCCUUGUAAUUCCAUUGGAACCUUGAACCCCGAAGCAAACGAAUUCAAAUACAAGUCAUUGUCUGAAAAUCAACCAAAGUUUGACGAAGAAUCAAGUAAAAAAAAAUUGGAAAACUUUAGAAAAAAUAAAGGGUAUAUGUACAUGAAUGGGGACGUAGGAAAAAUUUCAACUGGGGCGCACUAUAGUCCCCCAGAACCACUGACUGUUUCUACUGCUACUAACACUUCUUACAGCUCUAUAAAUGGAAGUUAUGAAGUGUCUACAUUGGAUAGUAAAAAUAGUGCAACAAUUUUAACUGGACAAAAUAGCACAAUGGUAAACGCCGAGACUUCUACUGACAAUAUGCCAUCACAAUCAGUAGAACAACUCAAACAACUUUUAUCAAAUCAAUUGGAAUAUUAUUUUUCUAGAGAAAAUUUGGCUAAUGAUGCAUAUUUGUUAUCACAAAUGGAUAAUGAUCAAUAUGUUCCAAUUUGGACGGUUGCCAAUUUUAAUCAAGUAAAAAAAUUAACUAAAGAUAUCAAGCUGAUAACUGAAGUCUUAAGAGAGUCGCCUAAUGUACAAGUUGAUGAUGAAGGAUUAAAAGUUCGUCCAAAUCAUAAGCGUUGUAUUGUUAUCUUACGUGAAAUUCCUCAAACUACACCAAUUGAAGAUAUAAAGGGAUUAUUUGCUGGGGAGUCAUGUCCUAAAAUGAUAUCAUGUGAGUUUGCUCAUAAUAAUUCAUGGUAUAUCACAUUUGAAAAUGAUGAAGACGCACAAAGAGCAUUUUUGUAUCUUCGUGAAGAGGUCAAAGAAUUUCAGGGUCGACCAAUUAUGGCGCGUAUCAAGGCAAAGCCAAUGAAUCGUAUGGCAGCCCCGAUAUCACCUGGUACUGUUGCUGGAAUUCCUGGUAUGAAAACUGUAAAUGGUUUUAGAACUCCUCCUAUCCAAGCUCAACCUAUCAAUCCAUACAUAGACCAAGGUCCUGGUAUCACAGCUGCUGGACCUCCAGCACCACCUCCACAACAUCCUCAGGCUGCCAGGUUGUUUUAUACAAAUGGAGGACCAGCUCAGUAUGCACCUGUCAAUUAUGCUGCUAAUCUGCAAGUAUAUUUACAGCAGCAACAACAGUCUCCAUAUUAUCCUACAAAUAUGAUUCAGCAUUGGGCUCAUCCUGCAACAGGUGCUUAUUAUACAACUGAUUUAAGUGGAAUAUUUUCUGUAAAUGGAUUAGCUCCCCAAGGAUCAUUUACUAAACCUCAAAAUUCUAGAUACAAUGUUUCACGUCCACCUGGUAGAAGCAAUGGAAAGAUGCGUCAUAAUUCUGUUGGAGGUAGUGAAUAUUAUCGAAGUUCUGCUUCAGAUAGUGGUUUACCAUCUCGUCCUGGUAGUUAUACAUCAAAUGGUAGUUUAACUAAAUCAUCAAGUAGUAGUGGAUCUUUGCAUAUUUCCAAUGCAACCAGAAACUAUGUUGACAAUCAAGAUUCUAAUGUUGUGGAUAGGCAGUCUAGUGGAGCAAUCAACAUCCCAAAAGAUCCUACAUCAUUGCCACUAAGAUAUAGGCGAAGGAAGAAAGAUGAUGAAAUUGGACCAGAAGUAAUAACUGGUACUUUACCUCAACCAACUGGAUCGCAAAGUUUUGAUUUGGCAGCUGAUGCGUUCCCUCCGUUACCACCUCAAGUUGUGUCUAUACCACACCAGUCACCAACUCCACUGCCCCAUGACCAGUUGUCACCUCGUAAUAACUUUGAUCCUAGGAUUUCUCUAAUAUCAUCAAAUAUGCCUGUGGUUCUUCCUGAACCUUCGGUGCUUAAGACUGAAGAUAUAGACCCAACUGUGAGUUCAGAAAAUGUGGCUAAUGGUCCACAAACAGUCCUACCUGUUGCUGUUCGAUCUGUACCUGUCACAGCAAUUGUUGAUGACUUGUCUAAUGUGUCACUGAACUCUAUAAAUUCUCAUACAAAGGUUCAGGAUAUUAUAACACCUUCGAAUUCUAUAUUAAGUCCUAUAGAUAAGACUGUAAUGCCAGCAAAAUCUGACAUACCAACUACUAUGCCUAAAGCCAAUAGUGCAUCUCUUAAUUCUACUAAAUCAACUGUACCAAAUCUUAAGGCUGCAUCACCAUCACAAUGUGCUUGUGUCAUACCACAACCACCUGCUACGUUUUCUGCAGAUAUGGCUAACAAUAAUCCUGUUAUUAAUGGAAAUGGUUCUCCAAAUAUUGGUCAUAAACUAAGUUAUGCUCAAGUAGCACAGCAUCACAAAGAAAGAAAUGAAAGCCAUAUUUCCACAGUUAUCACAUUUGGGCAAUCUUCUAUUGCAGAAGAAGAAAAGAAAGAAGAACCCAUACCAGUGGUAACACCACAAUCUAAACAAUCAAACAUCUCGACAGAUGGUUCCAUUACCAUUAAAUCUGGCAAAGGACACCGAGCUACUAAUAAUGAGCGGGGAACAACACCUAGAAAAGAAAGAUCAUCUAAAUUCAAUCGCACUAAGUCACCCAAAUAAAAUUUUAAUGAGGCCUGAGUACUAGUUAUGAUUCAUUUUUUAAACAUCUGGUUAAGUGUCAAAUGUAUAUUCUUUUAUAGUCAUUGAAUUAAUUUGCAAAAGAUAAAGAAUGUCGAAGCUCAAUAGUAUUAAAUUAUUUUUCUUUUAAUUGCCCUAAUGACGGGUUGUUUUGAAAUCUUUUAGUUCCAUUAUUUGUUGUAAAUCUUUAGUUUUGUAAUUUAAGUCAAAUUUACUAAUAUAUAUUCAUUUUAUGUAUAAAUAAUUUUAAAUGUAUACUUUGUUAUCAUAGUAUGAUAAAUAAAAAUAUGAAUUUUUCCAAGGUAGACGUUGACUACUCUUCUCUUAUAAUAAAGCCACUGUGCAUACUAUUAUAUAAAAUCUAGUAUUUUUACUACAUACAAUUGUUUUCGCUAAAAAAAUCAUUUUUUUUUUCUUUAGUGUCUUUACUAUUAAUGACUUGACAUUACCUAUUUAGUAUUUACGUAGGCCUUCCAGGUUAUUAUAUUAAUAGUUAACUGCAGCCAACCCUUUAGUAUUCCAUAAUGUAAGGUAUAAUUAUUUUUCAUGAUUUUAAUAUAACUUUUCCUUACCCAAUUACUACCAACCUAUACUGUUGUGCCUAAUUCCACUGUUUUUGUUACAUUAUGUAAUAAACUUUUAAAAACUGUGUUUAUUGAACAUAUAUAUUAUUAAUAAAUUGUUACAUGUGAAUUCAAACGGUAACACGAUAUACGGUUAUUAUAAUAAUUAUAAUUUCAAAUCGCAUUAACGUUUGAAACCAGUUGACUGAUCCAUUUAUUCUGUUUUAAUCGAAAACUAUUUUAACUUAUUUAUAUUUAUAUUUUUUAAAAAUUCGUAAAACUAUUAUUAUACUGAUAAUUAUAAUAUGAAUAUUUAAAAAGAAUAAUCGUGGUUAUGUAAUUGUUAAGGUGUAAAUAAUUAAUGUUCUUUCAAACUGGAUUUCAUGACCAACUAGAGAAUAUUAAAAGUGAUAAUUAAAGCUUGAUUUAGUUGUUUUUUCCUCUCAAUUCGGCGUGUAAUUCAUGCCGAUGGAUGACGUACGAAUUUAUGUUUUUAUGUUCAUGGAGUCUUGUUUGAUUUGGAAUUUUUGUGAUAUUUGAUUAUUAAUCUUAUAAAUACAUACAUUAUAUAUUAUAUAUAAAGAAAACCGAUAGCAG